CGGCCGCGCCGGCAGCCAUGACGACCGCCAUCUUGGAGCGCCUGAGCACACUGUCGGUGAGCGGGCAGCAGCUGCGCCGCCUGCCCAAGCUCCUGGAGGACGGCCUUCCCAAGAUGCCCUGCACCGUCCCUGAGACCGACGUGCCCCAGCUCUUCCGAGAGCCCUACAUCCGCACCGGCUACCGCCCCACGGGCCACGAGUGGCGCUACUACUUCUUCAGCCUCUUUCAGAAGCACAACGAGGUGGUCAACGUGUGGACCCACUUGCUGGCCGCCCUGGCCGUGCUCCUGCGAUUCUGGGCCUUCGCUGAGGCCGAGGCCUUGCCGUGGGCCUCCACGCGGUCGCUGCCCCUGCUCCUCUUCAUCCUGUCGUCCCUCACUUACCUCACGUGCAGCCUGCUGGCCCACCUGCUGCAAUCCAAGUCGGAGCUCUCGCACUACACCUUCUACUUCGUGGACUACGUGGGCGUGAGCGUCUACCAGUACGGCAGCGCCUUGGCCCACUUCUUCUACAGCUCCGACCAGGCCUGGUACGAGCUCUUCUGGCUCUUCUUCUUGCCUGCAGCUGCCUUCUGUGGCUGGCUGUCUUGCGCCGGCUGUUGCUAUGCCAAGUACCGCUACCGCAGGCCUUACCCGGUCAUGAGGAAGCUCUGUCAAGUGGUGCCAGCGGGGCUGGCCUUCGUCCUAGACAUCAGCCCGGUGGCCCACCGUGUGGCCCUGUGCCACCUGGCUGGCUGCCAGGAGCAGGCGGCCUGGUACCACACCCUCCAGAUCCUCUUCUUCCUGGUCAGCGCCUACUUCUUCUCCUGCCCGGUUCCUGAGAAGUACUUUCCGGGUUCAUGUGACAUCGUGGGCCAUGGGCAUCAGAUCUUCCAUGCCUUUCUGUCUGUCUGCACGCUCUCCCAGCUGGAGGCCAUCCUUCUGGACUACCAGGAGCGGCAGGAGAUCUUUCUGCAGCGCCAUGGCCCCCUGUCUGUCUACACGGCCUGCCUUUCUUUCUUCUUCUUGGCGGCCUGCAGCGCUGCCACUGCAGCGCUCCUGAGACACAAAGUCAAGGCGAGACUGACAAAGAAAGAUUCCUGAGGCU